AUGGCCCUUCUCAACCCGACCUUUCUCCUGGCCGUUAUCGUGCUCAUAUACUUGUCUACUUUUGUUCUGUUUGCAAUCUUGCGAAUCCUUACCGGUAUCUCCAUUCAGCGUAUCGGAUACUUCUCGCUUCGUCGACUUGCCUAUACCCCUAAAGAUGGCCUCAAGAUCGAGAUCCGAGGGCUCGGCCUCAACCUCCAUCGGCCCAACUUCGCGCAGCCAACAUGGAUCAGUAUCGUAAUCAACGAACUUGUCGCCACAGUCGAUGUGAAGGAACUCGACAAUGGGCAUAAGAUUCGGGAAGAGGACUCUGAGGCCGAGGACGCGGUAACGCCUGCCGGGGACGCAUCUGACACUCAGGCCGAAGAUUCAGCCCCGCAAUCCCCCUGCCUACGAUCCGUACAAACAUCAGAGAUACAGCCUCCCCAAGCGAAGUCCUCAACCGAUUCGUCGGCAAGAUGA